AUGCGGCGUUCAACGAGACGAAAACAGCCCCCAAAAGGCGUCAAACCGCAACUUUAUACAGAAAAAUCUGAUGUAGACUCGGCGUCGGAACCACCAGAGACCAUCGCAGAAACAGGGUCGCGAAGAACGCUCUCCAACGAACCGGAAGAGGUCAUGGAGACUGUAACGCAGCUAUCCAACUUUCUCCCGAGCGAACAAGAAGUCCGACAAGCGCAAACACUCAUUUCCCAAUACGAAAGAGAAUACGAGGCGGCUCAGGCAGAGUACCAAGUCAAGAAGCUGGAACUAGACGCAUUGGCUCAUCGAAUGUCGACGAUCCAAUCCCGCAUUUUCGAGAAAAGGGCCUCGAUAGCCCCCAUCCGUCGCGUCCCACAAGACGUUUUGUCAAUGAUCUUUGGCCUUUGCGUACGGGAGAAUGCCACCUCCCCAUGGACUCUAAUGCACGUCUGCCGGUCCUGGAGAGCUGCCGCCAUGCACACGGCAAUGCUUUGGAACCGGAUCAUGAUUGCGCCUUCCAAUUGGGCUGGAAGGCGUAAAGGUGCCCCCAAGUUUUACGAAGGAAUGGAAGUCUGUACCUCUGCGGGUCAACUCGAGCGUGCGAUCAAGCAAGCGGGCUCAACCCCACUCGAAGUGCGUUUACUCAUAAGUGGGACCGCGUAUAGACGCUGGGUGUGGGCGUUUAGUAAUUAUGAUCCCAACGAAUAUUCGAAUCAGGAACGCGAGGUGCAUAAACUCCUCGGCCAUCUCAACGACCUGAACAUCCGAGUUCCGUUGCGGGCCCUGGAGAUUGACACUGGCGAGAGAUUUUCCAUCCCGGAAAAGUAUCUACAGUGCUUCGUAUGGACAGACAUCGAACGCCUCGUACUCGAUGGAGAGUACCCAAUGAUCCUUUCGGCCGUGGUCGAAAGCGGAGCGAGGAAUCUCAAGGUUCUGAGCUUGGAUUAUCCUGAUAUCAUCGAUGCGAUUGACACCAUUCCAUGGGCACAACUCAAAGAACUGGGUGUCAUCAACUCUACCGAUCCUCUCGAGUCUCCUCUAUUGAUUGAUGCAUUACGACGAUGCAGCAAUGUGGAAACUUUGACUCUCAAAGACGUACGCGUCGGUAAUCAGGAUAGAGCAGACCACCCACUCGUCGAGAUGCCUUCGGUCACCCGAUUGACACUAGACUUGGUUGUACCCCUCUGGCCCAUCCAUUGCCCCAAUCUAACUCAUCUCUCCAUUCAAAAUCCAGAACAAAUUCACACCACGCGGAUAAUCCGUCUCCCAAACCUGGUUUGGCUCGGGUUCAACGGGUCAGUCCUGAACCGCCUCAACUGUUUUGACGCUCCAAAGCUACAUACAUUCGAAUGGACGUCCGGUGGAGGAAAAUCUGACAAUCUCAGCGGGUUACGGGACUUGUGGCUUCAUAAUAACCCCAUUGUCAUUGAUCCCAUCGUCGUCAAAGCUCGUUCGCUGCCAACGACUUCACGCGAUACGCACGCCUCUUGGACCCGAGUUUUCGAGACUCCUGUCCCUGCCGCCCUGGUUGGCAAACGCAAAGGUGGCGCAGGGUCCGGUACCACGAUCCCACUUCGUAGUUUCCGAGAGUUUAUCUUCGAUUUUAUGGGUGGCAAAAAGGUGGAGGACGGACCGCUUCAAGAAGCCGCCAAGUCGUUUAUCAGGAGAAGAGAGGAACUUGGCGCACCCAUUCAGAAACUGGACAUUCGAACGCAAGAUGGCACAUGGCACGACCUCGUCGAACUUGUGCAUAACGAGCAGGCAGGUGAAGUGUCGGAUGAAUAG